AUGCUUCCGCGAUCCCGAAUUCUCGCGAGGCAUUCGGCGGCGCCGACUCGAGCGUUGCUUCAGCGGUCCUCAAAACUCUGUCUUCGUACGCCGGGGCUGGUAACUCCUCUAAGUGUUUACGGCGGUAUUGCAGUGCGGAGGUCGUAUGCUACUGUAAACAAGGGACCUGGGCAGGGUGGUGAUAACAAGGACAAGAAGGCCCCCGGUUCCUCGAAAGUGCCCCCGAUAUCAGAAUUCAAGCCGGAGCAGUGGGAUAAACUUCACCCCGAGCAUCAGAAGUUGGUGGCUUUAAUUAUUCGCGAUCCCGAAGCGACGUGGAACAGCUGGCCCAUAGAUCAGAGGAAGGCGUUCAUCUCAAUGGUUGAGGAUGCGAGCAAAAAGGCGGAGAAACUCUCCAACUUACCGUGGAUGCCGAAGGUUGUUAAGGAUAUGGCAUCUCUUUUCGGCUUGAGUGCGGGGCCCCAGAACAUGCAGCAAAACAAGGAGGCAGGCCAGAAGCAAAGCAAGGAGGAAUCAGAGAGUAAGGGGGAAGAAGAGAGCGGAAAAGAGAAACAGGAACACCGAGGGAAGGAGGGGGAAGCCGAAGGAAAGGGUGCUGACGGAAAAAUGUCAUUUGGGCUUCCUAAUGAUGGCAAAGGUGGGCCCCGAGAGUUCAAGCUCGAUUUCACCAACCUCCUUGCCACAGCUGUUAUUUCGUUAUUUGUAUAUCAGUUUCUUGUUCCAGGCCAGGAAGCUAGGGAGAUUACCUGGCAGGAAUUCCGGAACACUUUCUUUGACAAGGGUCUUGUCGAGAAGUUAACUGUCGUGAACCGCAGCCGCGUGAAGGUCAAUCUUAACAGGGCGGCUACUGCCCAGAUGUACCCUGACUCACCCGCCGCUGGAAACCCACAAUUCUACUAUUACUUCAGCAUUGGUUCCGUGGAAGCUUUCGAACGACGAUUAGAUGAUGCGCAGAAGGAAUUGGGUAUUCCUAGCUCCGAACGAAUACCCGUGGCUUACAAAGACGAAAUCUCUUGGACAGGAACUGUUCUAUCAUUUGCCCCUACACUUCUUGUAAUAGGAUCUAUCUUCUGGUUAUCACGCCGUGCUUCUGGUGGUGCUGGUGGGCAGAGCGGUAUCUUUGGAAUCGGCAAGUCCAGAGCUAAACUUUUCAACCAAGAAACCGAUAUCAAGACAAAAUUUAAGGAUGUAGCUGGUAUGGACGAGGCAAAGGUGGAGAUUAUGGAAUUCGUUUCAUUCCUCAAGCAACCCGAGCGCUUCCAGAAGCUUGGUGCCAAGAUUCCCCGCGGUGCUAUCUUAUCGGGUCCUCCCGGUACCGGUAAGACCCUUCUUGCCAAGGCGACUGCUGGAGAGGCUCAGGUUCCUUUCUUCUCUGUGUCCGGCUCUGAGUUUGUUGAAAUGUUUGUUGGUGUUGGUCCUUCUCGUGUCCGUGACCUGUUCGCGAAAGCAAGGAAGAACGCACCUUGCAUUAUCUUCGUCGACGAAAUCGAUGCUAUUGGAAAAUCCCGUGCAAAGUCUAAUUUUGGCGGUGGUAAUGAUGAAAGGGAAUCCACACUCAACCAGCUUCUUACAGAAAUGGAUGGGUUCAACACCACCGAACAAGUUGUUGUUUUGGCGGGCACUAACCGCGCCGAUGUGUUGGACAAGGCAUUGAUGAGACCUGGACGAUUUGAUAGACACAUUACCAUCGAUCGCCCGACAAUGGAUGGAAGAAAACAGAUCUUCCUCGUCCAUCUAAAGAAGAUUGUGACCUCGGAGGACAUGGAUUAUCUUAGCGGCCGACUGGCUGCUCUUACCCCCGGAUUUUCUGGAGCCGAUAUUGCCAACUGUGUUAAUGAAGCUGCGCUUAUCGCCGCUCGAGGAAACGCCGAAACUGUGGCCAUGACGCACUUUGAACAGGCUAUUGAACGUGUUAUCGGUGGCCUUGAGAAGAAGUCACUUGUCCUCAACCCGGAGGAGAAGAAGACAGUUGCUUAUCACGAGGCCGGCCAUGCUGUGUGUGGUUGGUUUUUAAAAUAUGCCGAUCCGCUUCUCAAGGUCUCUAUCAUUCCUCGUGGUCAAGGUGCACUUGGUUACGCUCAAUAUCUUCCUCCGGGAGAACAAUAUCUCAUGUCUAUGUCGCAACUAAUGGACCGCAUGGCAAUGACCCUGGGAGGCCGUGUUUCCGAGGAGAUACAUUUUGAUACAGUAACUUCUGGGGCCUCUGACGAUUUCAACAAGGUCAACCGUAUGGCAUCUGCCAUGGUUACAAAAUGGGGAAUGAGCAAGGAUAUUGGUUUUGUCUACUAUGAUGAUGAUGAGGGUCAGAGACUUCAGAAGCCAUUUUCAGAGGAGACAGCACGCCGGAUCGACAAAGAAGUAAAGAAACUUAUUGACGAAGCCUAUGUCAAGUGUAAAACACUCUUGACAGAGAAGAAAGAACUUGUGGGGUUGAUUGCGGAGGAACUUUUGAGGAAGGAAGUAUUGGGGAGAGAAGAUAUGAUCAGGAUUUUGGGCAAGAGGCCGUUUGAAGAGAACAAAGAUUUUGAGAAGUUUUUCAAUAAAGCACAUCAAGUCAGCUCACCACCCCCAUUCCCAGAAGAUCAGGCCCCACCUGUAGUCAACGACUCCGGCCAAGCUCCCACACCCCCAUCAUAA